CACAAGCAUAUUACUAAUGAAUCUUAUGUCUUGACCAAGUUCUAUUUUGCAGUGCAGGCUGGAACCAGAACAAGAGGGGUACAUCGAAGUAACCGCAGUUUAAAGUAGUGUUCUAUUGGCUCAACGAGGUAACUCUCUUAUCUCUAAUUAACCUCAGUUCCAUAUUGUACUGUCACUAGUAUAUCCUUGACAUUAUAGAAAUGCUGGUGUUACUUAUCUUUAUGUACUGACUACGCUAGCUAUUAGGAACAAGAUGGUGGGUGGGUAUGCGUGUGGAGGUCGGCAAGGAGCAGCUAGCCUUGGUAUCAUAAUCUGGAGCUGUACAGCCAUUAGAGAAUUCAGAUAAGAGAUAAAUCAAUAGAUAGUUCAGAUAAGAAAUCCACACUAAAAAAUUGACCUGCAAAGGCUUUGCUGCUUGAAGCAGCAGCCAUAUAUCCCCAUGCAUUUUACCUGAUCAACAAGGAAUAGUACAGGCGUGCAGUAGUUGUUUACACAAACCGAGUAUAUAUGUAUAAUUGCAUACGUACUUGUGUAAUCCUGGAGAUGCCUUAAUAUAGUACAUGUACGUUGUCUCUGAUGUGUAUUCCUACAGCGAGAUGCACGGGGAGGAGCUCCAUCUGGUAGGUAGUGUCGGGUAUGUAGGUGCUGCACGACUGCGUCGCACGUCCAGGCUUAUCAGUCUACUCAGGGAGGGGUUUGUUUAUGUGCUUGCAAUAAGUGUGACACUUGCACUGUUGAGCUCUGCUAGCUAAGCCAUGUGAAGCUUUGAAAGGCCACUGCAAGGACUAAUUUAAUUAGGGAGCAUUAGCCACGUACAGGGUAUUUACCGUGUUGACGUGAGUGCACGUCGAAGCUGGAGGAGAUCCUGAUCUGUGUGCGAUGUCCAUGGAGUUCAUCUACACAUCACCCGGCACAAGAUAUUCUGCAAGGUAGGAGACAGUGACACAGUUCUACCUGCCUAGCCGAUGGCAAGCAAGCGGGCCACCACACGGGAGCUCCGGACGAUGUACGACGAUGAGCCCUCCAUGUCCCUUGAGCUCUUCGGCUACCAUGGCGUGGUCGUUGACGGUGAUGACGAUGACACUGCCACUGCCCUGCCCCAGCUCGCCUUUGUCGACAACUUCAAAGGCGGGUGUGGGUCUUCAGCCGACUACUACAGCUGGGCGUACAAUGCCUCCGUUGGAACUUCGGGUGCCUGCUCCAGCUCCAGCUCGUCGGUUCUCAGCUUUGAGCAUGCCGGCGGUGUAGGUCAUCAUCUGGCUUACAACGCUGGGGCAGGUGAUGAUGACUGCACGCUCUGGAUGGACGGCAUGGCCGACCAGCACUGUGCAGCCAAGUUUGGGUUUGUGAACCCAGGGUCGGAUGAUGUUGGCCCAGAAAUCCAGGAGAGCAACAUCAAGCUGCCAGCCAAGGCGUCCCAGAAGCGUGUGUGCCCGGGCGGUGAGACGCAAGCGGCGGCUAAGAAGCAGUGUGGAGGAGGCAGGAAGAGCAAGGCCAAAGUUGCCCCUACCAAGGGGGAUCCUCAAAGCGCCGUUGCAAAGGUCCGAAGAGAGCGCAUCAGUGAGAGGCUCAAAGUUCUGCAGGAUCUCGUUCCCAAUGGCACGAAGGUGGACAUGGUCACCAUGCUAGAGAAGGCAAUCAACUAUGUCAAGUUUCUGCAGCUGCAAGUCAAGGUGUUGGCGACCGAUGAGUUCUGGCCGGUGCAAGGAGGGAAAGCCCCGGAGCUGUCUCAAGUGAAGGACGCCCUAGACGCCAUCCUGUCUCAGAAUCAAUCCUAGGCUAUGCAUCCAUGUCAAGUUUUUGCCAAGUUUUAGUUGAUCUUGGCGCAUGUAAGGAAGAAAAGAGAGCACAAGCUCUGUAAACAUACAUGGCAGUCGAUCUUGGAGCUGAGAAUUAGUUAUAAUGGAUCAUGCUUUUGCUUCAGCUUUUUCUUAUAGAUCAAUUCUUCUUGUUUUGUGAAU